UUCCAAUGAAAACAUUUGUCAUCACAAGAAAGAAGUUGGACGUGUUUCGAAGUUUUCCCGUGAAAAAAGUGAAAAUUCCCUUCUGCAUUCCGGAUUUGCCAUAUUCCAGCUAGAGGUUUCGAACCAGAGGAGCCAAGAUGCCAGAUACAGUGGACGGAGGGGACAUUCCCAAGUCGAAGAGACCCUCAGACUCGGCCUUCAAGCAGCAGCGACUUCCGGCGUGGCAACCCGUUCUCACGGCUGGGACCGUUUUGCCCGCGUUCUUCGUGAUUGGUAUUGCGUUCAUUCCCGUGGGAGUGGCUCUGCUGUACUUCUCCAAUGCUAUCACGGAAUUCGUCUACGACUACACCAAAUGCCUCCAGGUCGGCUCGCAAAAUCUAACCUGCGCCGAGGUCCUCAGCGCCAAGGAGGCCGAAGAGUGCACCUGCAUCGUAAACUUCACCCUCGAGAAGGACUUUGUGGGCAAGGUUUACAUGUACUACGGCCUUACGAACUACUACCAGAACCACCGCCGGUACGUCAAGAGCCGCGACGACGACCAGCUGCUGGGGCGUCUCUCGCGCACCCCCUCCAGCGAUUGCGCCCCGUUUGCGUACGCCGACGAGAACCAGCUGCAUCCGAUCGCCCCCUGUGGAGCGAUCGCCAACUCGCUGUUCAGUGACACGUUCGAGCUGACGUCGCACGAGCGCGGCACGGUGCCGCUGCUGAGGACGGAAAUCGCCUGGCCUUCGGAUCGGAAGAUCAAGUUCCGCAACCCGGAGGGAGAUUUGCGCGAGGCGCUGAAGGACUUUUCGAGGCCGCGCGACUGGCGGAAGGAACUGUGGGAGCUGGAUUUGGACAAUAAGGAUAAUAACGGAUUUCAGAACGAAGACCUCAUCGUUUGGAUGCGCACGGCGGCGCUGCCCAGCUUCCGGAAGCUGCACCGUCGGAUUGAUCAUGAGCACCAAAAGUUUGAGACCGGGUUGCCGAAGGGAAACUAUACGCUGAAGAUUAACUAUUCCUACUCCGUGUCCGAGUUCGACGGCACCAAGAAGAUCAUCCUGUCGACGACGUCGCUGCUGGGGGGCAAAAAUCCCUUCCUCGGCUUUGCCUACAUCAUCGUCGGCAGCGUUUGCCUGCUGCUCGGGGUGGUCCUGCUGGUGAUCCACAUCAAGUGCAGCAAAAACACCUCCGGCAUCAACAGCGUAAGCCAGCGCACACCGUACACAUAGGAGUUACUCUCGUUGAACAGCUAAAUUGCCCGUUUUGCCCCCCUGCCCGAGUUUGGUUCCCCGUUGUUAUUGGAUUCUUAUUCAUCAGAAAAUGUGAUUCUACAAGGAAGCUUUUUGUCUUUUUUUAUUGCGUUUUAUGUUUAACAGUAAAGCAAAAUGUGGUUAUUUAAUUAAAGCAACAGUAUUUUCAACUCUUUUUUGGUGCUGUUCAAACUAAUAUAUUUUCGCGUUGAUUAGUUAAGAAAAACUAUUUUAAACGCAUUGUUGACAGAGAAAGUAACGAAGCUGUUCACACCCCCCACUUUUCCUAGAACUUGUGACGAGAAAAAUCUAAACAAAAAUUACACAAAAAUAAUAUUUGAUGUGGCAAAAUCCGAACCGAGAAAUUGAGGUAGAGUUUAGUGAGAGGCACCCUGGUUCAUCCGUAGAUGUUCACUAACAAAAAAGAAAGAAAGAUUUAAUCACACACUGACCUAAUAUCACCUAGAGAAGAGACAAAUCUAUAUCGUUGUUGAAGAUUAAUUUUAAGCAAGUCGGGGUUGACACCCCAAAACAAUCUAUUUGAGUAGUUUUAUAACUAUAAAUAAAGAAAAAAAAAACAUUUUCCCUUCAAAUUGGACGGGAAAAAGGUUCAAACAUAUUUUACCACACUUUAUUGUAAAUUGGCGAAACUUUUACAGUUAGGAAGCAAGAAAUAAUCAAAGUUUAUCAGUCCAGUAUCAAACUCUCUUAGAAAAAAAAAAAACAACAGCACAUAAUUAAAAAUAUAUAAAGAAGAAAACACACUUUUCAAAGUGGCCUUGUGUAGUGCGCGCGAGCGAUCGAACCGGUAAAAAGGUAUUUUAGUGUGGUCUCUAAGCCAAAAAAAAAAAUGGAGGAAAACCAAGCAAAAUGUAUUGAGUAGAAGUGGAACACACUCGCAGAAAAUUUAAAUAAAGGAAACCAAAAACCUGAA